CGUUAAUUGAGAAUUAAUAAAAAAAUGCUCAUUUUUUAUCAUUAUCGUUACGGGGGUAAAGGGAGACUAAAGCCUGCCCCAGCCUCAGCGGCGAGGCAAAAUAAAUCCACCACUUCACACUCAUCAUCUCAUCUCCGCCAAAUCCGCUGUUUUUUUUAACUUCCUCGUUCCAUCUUAUCAAUAUCAAUCAUGAGUGACGACAUCAUGGUGGAAGUGACCACUGGACCUCGCCGGGACAGGUUGAGUCGCUAUUCCGGCAAGGAAAACGACGAGCCUGAGUCGCCUAAUGUUUCUCCAAUCUCUGGAGAGACGAAGCGUCUCGAAAGGACACCAAGGUCAUCGCGGAAUAACCAGGCGGACGUCUACUACGAAGGCGGGACGACGGAUGACGACGAACAAGACGACAUUGAUGAUCUCUCACCGGAGGUAGAUUGGCCCCCUCGAUCAUCGAAGGUGAAAAAAUCAUCCCGCAAGAUCUCGACGGACGUGGCAGCCGCCCUGGAAUUGAUGCAUGAGGAGACCCUGCAUCACCUGACUGAUCAUGGACCGGAAAGUUCUCCCCCGGCUGGGACGGUUUACCACCAACUUACCAGCUCGAGCUCCUCCGGCAAAAGGUCAACUACACCGCCGCCAUCGGCCCCAAGUACUCCGCCGCCAAGUGGUGGCUCCUUGGAAGUACGAAAGACGAUGCAACUUUCGCCAGAAAUCUUCCUUGGAGACAGCAGCCUGCGGGCGGCAGCUCGUCGUCGUCGUCUUGAAAAAAAGCAACGGCUCAACGUGGCUCGAAAACUCAGCUUCGAAAAUGGUGAUGGUGGUAGUGUCGACGUUAGCCCGAUUGGGUAAUAUUGCUCAUUAGUUGGACUAAUUAAUUGACGUGAGAAUUUGAAAUAUAUGAAUUUAUCACUUUGUGACUUGAACCGACUGCAUAAUUGUGUUCACUUUUAUUCUAUUUUUACAUGAAUUUCGACAUUCUUCGUGCCAUUAAAAUUUUCUUAACUCGAAAA